GACAAAGAGUGACAGUGGAAUGGGGGAGGUUUAAGAAAAGGGAGAAAGGUGAAGCAUGCUGCUUCCUCCAUCCAGCAGUAUGAUAUCAACAACACAGUCCCAGGCAAAACAAAACUAACACAAACAACAUUAACAAAAGGAAAAAGAAAAAAAAAAAUCUCUCUCUAUCUCUCUUUCUAAAACCUCACCCUCUGGCUGUGGUGCAGAUCUCAAGGGGGAUCUGAGGUGAGGUUUUGAUUGGGGAGGAGGGGACAAGACGCCUCCUUUUUAGGGUUUUCUGCAAUGGCCACGCACUUUCCAUUUCCCCUCUCCGCUGCUCAGGUUGGGACUUACUUUGUGGGGCAGUACUACCAUGUUCUUGAGACCAACCCCGAGUUGGUGUAUCAGUUCUAUUCUGAUGCCAGCACAAUGGUACGCAUCGAUGGCAACGCCAGAGACACUGCAACUGCAAUGCUGCAAAUCCAUGCGCUUGUUAUGUCACUCAGUUUUAUUGGAAUUGAAAUCAAGACAGCACAAUCUCUGGAAUCUUGGAGUGGUGGAGUUCUUGUCAUGGUUUCUGGUUCUGUGCAACUUAAGGGCUACAAUGUGAGGAGGCAAUUUAUGCAGACGUUCUUCCUUGCACCCCAAGAAAAGGGCUUCUUUGUGCUCAAUGAUGUUUUUCACUUUGUGGAAGAGGAGCCAUUUCAUCAUCACCAACCUGUAUUUUUAGCUCAAAGCAAUCUUGAUUCAAAAUUGAAUGCUCCUAGCACAAUUAACAAACCAGUGUCCAACCACCUGUUAGGUGGAGAUAUACAUGCAAGGGACUUUGUUGCUACGAAUGAGGUCAAAGAAAAUGGCGCAGUCAACAAUUACGGAUUUUCACAUCAACAAAUGCUACGAGUCCAUGAUUCUGAACAUAUUCAGGAGGAUGUUGUUGCUGAAGAAUCACAUGGUUCAUUUCAACCUACUGUGGAUGCUGUGCAAGAACAUGUACCUUCUGCUGAAGAAUCUCCUGAGGAGCCCCAAAAACAUACUUAUGCUUCCAUAUUACGGGUUGCUAAAGGACAAGCUACACCAUCUGUAGCUUCUCAGCCAUCUCAGAAGAAUUUGACUUCUUUAGACUGGGAUCAUGCUCCACUGACUAAUAGUCAGCAAACUACGUCAUUUGAAAGGUCUGAAACUGAUGUAGUGGAGGAGGCUCCCACAACAGAAGAUGAAGGUUACUAUGAAAUCAAAUCUGUUUAUGUGAGAAACUUGUCUCCUACUGUGUCUGCUUCUGAAAUUGAAGAGGAAUUCAAGAAUUUUGGCAGGAUUCAGCCUGAUGGUGUAGUCAUAAGAAGUCGCAAGGAUGUCGGAGUUUGUUAUGCAUUUGUUGAAUUUGAAGAUAUGAUGGGGGUUCAUAAUGCAGUCAAGGCAGGAUCUGUUGAGGUAGCAGGAAGACACGUAUACAUUGAAGAGCGGAGACCAAACAGUAACAUCCCUUCACGAGGAGGAAGGAGGGGUAGAGGUAGGAGUAGCUAUCAAUUAUCAGAGGCACAAAGAGGACGUUUUGGUCCAAGGAGCUUUUGCAGGGGAAGUGGCCAAGAUGGAGGUGAAUGGGAGUAUAACAAACCCAAAGGAAACGGUUUCUAUAGACAAAGUACCCGUCAAGAGAGGGGAUAUUCUUCAGGGUAUCAAGGGCCAAGAAAUGGUCAGAACCCUGCCGAAUCAGCAUAAAGUUUUAAGAGAAUCAAAUUUUGAGGUCCUGAUACUAUUUUCAGCUUUAAAUAGUAGUCAGUUUCAAUAGAUGUUAAGAACCAAAUAUUGAUAUUUUUUGUCUUAAACUAUGAUGUUCGGGGAAUAUGAUUGUUAUAUAUUAUUAUUUUUUUUAAUGUAAGGGGGCUUUUUGUUUCAUUUAUUUGUUCAGGAAUCUUAUGUUUGGUUGGGAUAACGUUUGGCAGUUUUUCUCGCCAUUGAAAAUCUUGUUAUCUUUAUCUUUACCUUCACUUCAGAGUUAGAUUACAUGAUACAUGAUAUUGUAAAAGUUUAUAUAUUGAUUUCAGGUCUUUGGCAUUGCCUUU